GUAGAUGGCAGUUUGGAUUGUAGAGGGGUGUUCUGGCAGGAGAUAGGAAUCUGGCAGCCAUCCAUCUUUCCUAGUAUUAAAGUCCUGAGAUCAUGUGGGCAGGGCCAGCAGACAGAGCAAACACAGCUAAGGAGUGGGUCACGUCCGCUGGAGACAUGCAAGGUGGUGAGGAGAGAGAAGUCGGCAGUGUUAGGGAAGAACAUGAAGUGGAAUGGGAUAGCAGAAAGGGGUCGAGAACCCCGAUGCGGCGGAGGCAGCCCUGGAUACGCUUAGCCUUUCGCGCCGAUCCUUCUCAGACGACUGAUUCUCACUCAGCACAGGAUUUCCAUUCCUCUCAACACCAGGGCUCUGGAAGUCCUGCGCCAACGUUAGGAAAGUGUACACCAGCACGCAACAUCCCACCCCGCUGUUUGCUCAAGCAGAGCCUGGGUGCACCUCCCAUACACCAUCGAGGCCGAGUCCUCCGUCUUGCCUAGAGCGCCCCGGAAGUGACCAGGGUAAGGCCUCGAGGGGCGGACUGGCGAAGAGCAACACUUCCGGCCGACGGCAGCGGCUCGGCGUGCUCAGUUUCUGAAGGGCUGUGAGUGAGAACAUUGUGGACCCUGGAGAGGCAUUUCCAGCUUAUGCUGCAAAACAUCCAUUAACCUGAACCCUGGUAGCAUUUGAGGGAGCUCUGCUGCUGUCUAUGCAGAGAAGACCAAGGGACCAGCUUUGUGGAGCAAUCCCAAGCAGCGUAACAUUGGCCACCUGUCCUGCAGAGAGACCUACAAACACACCAUGUUUCUAGGAGUUAACGCCUGAGCUUGCUGGAGCCUAGACACUGAGAGAAGGCUGAGGCAAGAGGUUGCUGCAUGUACAAGGCAGCACCAAUGAGGCACAGGGCUUGAGCCUCGAAUCAGCAGAUCAGGAAGGGUAGAACAGAGAGGGAAAGACUGAGGCAGGGAAGGAGCAGUGCCAGGGGUGGCCACCAUCCCUCCAUGGCUUCCAAGCAGAAUGCAGUAAAGGGCAGAGGGGAAAAGAGGAAGCGGGUGGUUCUGACCUUGAAGGAGAAGAUUGACAUCUGCACACGCCUGGAGCGAGGGGAGAGCAGGAAGGCACUGAUGCAGGAAUACAAUGUGGGCAUGUCCACUCUGUAUGACAUUAAGGCUCACAAGGCCCAGCUGCUCAGGUUCUUUGCCAACUCAGACUCCAGACAGGCACUGGAGCAGCGGCGCACUCUGCACACACCAAAGCUCGAGCAUCUGGAUCGGGUACUUUAUGAGUGGUUCCUGGUAAAGCGCGCUGAGGGCAUUCCUGUGUCAGGUCCCAUGCUCAUUGAGAAGGCCAAGGACUUCUAUGAGCAGAUGCAGCUGACUGAGCCCUGUGUAUUUUCUGGAGGAUGGCUUUGGCGCUUUAAGGCCAGGCAUGGCAUUAAAAAGCUGGACGCAUCCAAUGAGAAGCAGGUGGCCGACCACCAAGCAGCUGAGCAGUUCUGUGGCUUUUUUAGAAGCUUGACUGCUGAGCAUGGGUUGUCCCCUGAACAGGUUUAUAGUGCCGAUGAGACUGGCCUUUUUUGGCGGUGCUUGCCAAAUUCCAAGACAGAUGGUGAGGCCCUGCCCAGCCUCAAACAGGGCAAGGACAGACUGACUGUCCUAAUGUGUGCCAAUGCCACGGGCUCCCACAGAAUCAAACCCUUGGCCGUCGGGAAGUGUGGUGACCCCAGGGCUUUCAGAGGCAUUCAGCACCUGCCUGUUGCCUAUAAGGCCCAGGGCAAUGCCUGGAUAGACAAGGAAAUUUUCUCAGAUUGGUUCCAUCACAUCUUUGUGCCCUCGGUGCGAGAACACUUCAGAACCAUAGGUUUGCCGGAAGACAGUAAGGCUAUUCUCUUGCUGGACAACUCCAGGGCCCACCCACAGGAGUCUGAUUUGGUGUCUGAUAACAUUUUUACCAUCUUCCUGCCUGCCAGCGUGACCUCCUUAAUUCAGCCCAUGGAGCAAGGUAUUCGAAGAGACUUCAUGAGGCACUUCAUUAGUCCUCCCAUUGCCCUGCAGGGCUUCCAUUCCCGCUACAGCAUGAACAAUACCAUUUUCAACGUGGCCUGUGCCUGGAAUGCUGUGCCCAGCCAGGUCUUCAGACAGGCCUGGAGGAAGCUGUGGCCUGCAGGCGCCUUCAAUGAAGGCUCAUCUGAAGAGGAGGAAGAGGAAGUGGCCGCAAGGCACUGCACCGCUAAACCUCACCAUAAGACUUUAGCCCACAUCCUUGAGCUGGUGAAAGAGGGCCCCUCCUGCCCAGGCAGCCAGCUUCAGAACAUUGGUCCAGGGGAGCAGGGCACAGCUGGGAGGGAGAUGGGUGAGACACACACUGCCAUGUCACUAGCACAGGCAGAUGAUCAUGCAGGAGAAGGGAAGCAAGGCACUGAAGAGGAUGACGAGGUAGCCUGGGAGCAGGCAGCAGCAUCCUUUGAGGCUAUUGUGCACUUCGCUGAACGGCAGCCCUGUUUCACUGUGCAGCAGGUGGGGCAGCUGCACCAGCUACACUUUGCAUUCAGGCGACAGUGGCAGCUAAAGCAGCAGCAGGUUGCUUUGAGAGCUGUGGUCAAAAUUGAGGCCCUCCAGGAGUGCCCUGCUGGGGGAACAGCCCCAAGCCACUCCCCUUUGCCCUGCUCAUCUACAGCAGGAGAUCACUGAUGAUACCCUGUAGCUUUGGGCUCCCUAGGUUGGGCAUAUGCUCAAACAGCCAGAGCUCUUACCAGCUGCUGUGUUACUCAGGAGGGCCUGGCCCUACAUGCCUCAGCUGACCAAGGUUUUUUGUAUCCCUGGCCACAUGACCUAAAUGGGAGGAGACCUGCAAGGAGACUCACAAAUCUGUAGCUGUAGCUGGGGCCAGGCUGGGCUAUGUGUGUCAAGGGCAGGGCAUAUGCACCCCAGAGAAGACACAAUGCAAGUUCCAGAAGGGUUGACGGGCUGGUUAGGUGGACAUCGCUGUGUGGGGUGGACCCUGAGCUUGGUACAUUAGUGCAGGUUGCUAAUAACUAUGACUGUGACUCAAUUCAUCACCUCCAAUGCUAAUGUAGCUCACUCAUGGCUGCACAGACAACGAACACAUCACCAUCUUUCAGGUGCCUACUUCAGCUAUGGUCCUAAAUAGACCGUAGCAUCCCCUGUGGCCUUGUGGCCAACAGGCCUCAUAGCUCAGGCCUAUGCCACACUGCACUGAGGUGAGGUGGCUUCCUGUACAAAAUUAGAGCUCCCUGGCUGAAUUCUCGUUCCUAGAAAUGAUGGACACAGUUAUUUUUAGCCUUUGGUUCAAAGGCCACACAGAGUCCAUAGUCAAUAGUCCAAUUUCAUGGGUACAGCCUUUUUGUGGAACAAACUUGAUGUGGUGUUCAGAAAUUAGUCCUAGGUUUGCGCUGAGCAUGGUAAAACUGCUGUUUGCUCCAGGAGUGUUAGAGCUUUUAUCCUCAGCUGUUAGCAGGUUAGUGGUACUCCAGGGAAGGCAUGUCCGCAUGGGUUGGUUUCACAAAGGCCAUUGUAGAAGGAUGCGGCCAGUGAUUUCCCCAAACUCUAGCUGAUGGGUAACUUCCUGUUUUAGGCAGCAUGGCUGCCUAUACAUGUGAUUCCAGAAGGCCCUUUGUCCCUGAUCUUUAGCACCUCUGAAUACAUGAAAUAGGUAUAUUUUUCUACGUUCUUUCACUGCUUCCCCCUGAAUUCCACUCCCUCUCAGAUUCAAGUCAUGGCAGCUGAAUCAGCACAUAGUUUUCAUUCCAAUGUUUGCUAGUUAUUGCAUCAAGACCUUUGCUCCCAGGAUCCUGUGAGAACCCAGGGGACUUAGAGAAUGGUUUGCAUUUUACAUCUGUCCAAACCCUGAGGCCAUAGUCAUUGCCUCUGUAGCACUAGUGGCUGUGUGUGUUUCCUGCUCUAAAGGCAUGUGUGAAGACUAUAAAAAUCAGAUUUGAAA